AUGAUAUUGACUAAACAUCUGUGUAGUUAUGCCUAUUACGGUUCUUCGCGGAUGAAGUGGUUUUUUCAAAAACCUUAUAUACGUGUGGAUCCAAAUUCAUUAUUACAUUAUCCCGAAACAUCAUAUAUCGAUUGUAGGAAGGUGGAUUAUUUGUACGACCAACCAAAAUCUGGAUAUGAGGGAACUGAAAUAUAUGGCCCUAAUACACUGGAAUUAAGUAAUCUUCCCAUGGGCCGAACGCCAGAAUAUUUGCAGGAUAGACUGAGGAGAUUUUUUUCAACUUUCGGUUUAGUUACUAGUGUGAGAUGUUUACCACAUUCAUUGGACCCAUAUCAAUGCAAUGGCAUUGGAUAUGUAACUUUCAGGAGCAAACAGGCUUCAAUCAAAGCUGCAGUGGCUAAUCUUGUAUUUCCUCCCAGUAUUUGCUCAAAAAUAAUAAACAUUAGGCACCUUGAUACUGAUAAAUGCAACGAUCCCUUGUACACUAAUAAACAGAGGCAUUAUGCGAACCAAAUUAUAUACAUUGUUAGAGGCUUAUACUAUAAACUAAUUAAAACUGGAAGCUGUUCCUUGAAUACUGUAUCUAAGGGAUUGUAUGAGCGGGAUUUUUACGGGAAGAUUAGACUGGCAGGUCUUUCAGUAGUUAUGAAAUUUACAAACUGGAUCAACUUUCUUACUACUGCACCAAUGAAUGAAAUAUUUCAAAUACAUGACAAUCACAUAUAUCUUUUAUUACAUUCUGAGGAUUCACUUAAUCGCAUAUUACACAGACUAGUCUUUCAAAUGGAACAACAACUCCAAUCUCAACUUCAAGUUGAAAGUUUUGAGCCUCCAAUAGAAAGACCUAGGGGUCUUGACGAGGAAUUGCAGAUAUUAUCUCGUUCCACAGAUAUGUAUCGAAUCCAUGAUGAAAGAUUUAUUUACAAGCUCAAGCUCAAGAGGGAGAGGAAUUUGAGGCGUAAGGAAUAUAGGCAACAACUAAAAGCUGAAAAGGGCGUGACUAAUUCUGUAUAA